AUGGCAUUGUCCGACGUACUACGGACUUGUGGGAUAUUACUUUAUUUUCUGUAUACCGUGUGUGCAACGAAUAAUAUAACAGAACAACCAUGGAUAUUGUCCUUUAAAAUCAGCGCAAAGUCAUGUUCUGAAUAUAAGUGUAAAUAUUUAUUAUUGGUGCAAGGUAGUGAGUAUCUUGGUCACAGUUCAUGGAGACUAACUCCCAAAGAUAGUGCCAGAGGUGAUAAUUGUGACAUAAUACAUCCAAGUUACGAGUUUCGCGAAAUAAAAACGGAGAAACAGCAGUCGCAAAUUGAAGUGUUUCUGCCUCAAUCAAAUGGUAAAAUAUACUUCUGUUUGAAGCAUAGCGACGCAGAUAACAGUCCGUUUGGAGGGAAAUGGGUGCACCAAGGCAAGGAAUUGUACCUGGAUCCGGGGAGUGAUGGAGCCUUUUCAGAAACUCAAAGAUUAUAUGACAUCUCACAUUCAAACAACGAAAACAAUGAGCUUCAAGAAACACAGUCCGUCGAUCUUUCUCAUGAUAUAGAUGUAAACUACCUUCCGAAUGCCACAAAACCCACUCAAGAAGAAAGAAAAGUAAUAGAAGUGCAACAAGGUGACAAAUAUGUGCCUUUAAAUGAAGGGAAAGAAAAAGAAAAUCUAAUAAGGGAUGAUAAAGAAAAUGAAGUUAAGUAUGGUGGAAAUACUGAUAGUAAGAGAGACUUUGAUGCAACUAAUAAAGCAAAAAUAGAGAAUAUCAAAGAGAGAUUAAGAAUUGUCGAGAAGGCGUUUAAUAAUUUUGGUUCCAAUAGACAAAAAAGAGAAGAUGUAACGGAAAACAAUUUAAACGAAGAGCCUGUUAGACGCAAACAGCAAAGUUUUAAUACGUUGAAUGGUUAUAGAGGAAACAAAUUUGAAACCUAUCAAGAUCUGCUUGAUAGUGGUAGAGCGAAAAGACAAAUAAUGUCUCAAAUGGCUGAUUUCUCAUCUGUGGUUAGAGUAGAUCCGCCGAUCUAUCUGGAUGGUCUGCGUGUUGAGGAGGCUGAAAAGGAUCCGAAGAUUUUGGAAGAUGGGAUCCCGAGCGUGCUAGCUGAUACCAAGAUAACGUUAAGACUCUUUGGCCAAGGUCUAACGUCGCGAACGGUAAUUGCAUUUACUCAUGAUGCCCUGGAGUAUGGACAGCCGUGCAAGUUCCUGCUGAAGGGAGAGUAUUUGGCUAAAGCCGAAUCGGUGACGCCGACCUCGGCUCUAUUCGAGUUCUGGGCUCCGCCCCCAAUCAUAGCCUCGAAGCUUUACAUCUGCGCGAAGAAUUUGAAACACGGCGCAAACGACCCGACGGAGGAUGAAGAGAAGUACGUGCACCAGGGCACGGAGAACUGGAAGAUUCUGGCGACGCACAACAAGCUGAUGCCGUUGUGGGUCGCGUUGAUACUGAUUUUGGUGUGCUUGAUGUUUUCGGCUUUGUUCUCGGGCCUAAAUCUUGGACUCAUGUCGCUGGAUCGGACUGAGUUGAAGAUAAUUUCAAACACGGGCACGGAACAGGAAAGAAAAUACGCCCGAGCGAUCAUGCCAGUCAGGGACCACGGCAACUACCUGUUGUGCAGUAUUCUGCUGGGGAAUGUGGCGGUCAAUUCUACAUUCACGAUAUUACUCGACGAGUUGACGUCGGGCCUGUUCGCCGUGAUAUUUUCGACUUUGUCGAUCGUGCUUCUGGGCGAGAUUACACCGCAGGCGAUAUGUUCUCGACACGGACUCAUGAUAGGGGCAAGGAGUAUUAUGGUUACGAAGGCGGUUAUGGCGCUGACAGCGCCUCUCGCGUUUCCAGUCAGUAAACUCCUGGAUUACUUCCUCGGCGAAGAGAUUGGUAGCGUCUACAAUAGAGAGAGAUUAAAGGAACUUGUCAAGGUCACAACAGACGUGAACGACCUGGAUAAAGACGAGGUGAACAUUAUUUCUGGUGCACUGGAACUGCGCAAGAAGACGGUGUCCGAUGUGAUGACGAAGUUGGAGGAUGUGUUCAUGCUGCCGAUCACUUCCAUAUUGGACUUCGAAACCAUGUCUGAGAUCAUCAAGUCAGGUUACUCCCGUAUACCCGUGUACGAGGGCCAGCGUGGCAACAUAGUGACGGUGCUGUUCAUCAAGGACCUGGCCUUCGUGGACCCUGACGACAACACGCCCCUUCGCACGCUCUGCCAGUACUACCAGAAUCCUUGCAACUUCGUCUUCGAAGAUGUUACCCUGGAUAUCAUGUUUAAGCAGUUCAAAGACGGUCAUAAGGGCCACAUGGCGUUCGUUCACCGAAUCAACAAUGAGGGGGAGGGAGAUCCCUUCUACGAGACCAUGGGCUUGGUGACUCUUGAAGACGUCAUAGAGGAAAUGAUUCAGGCCGAAAUCGUUGAUGAAACUGAUGUAUUCUUGGACAACAGAACGAAACGUCGACGCAACAAACCGCAGCACAAACUGCAGGAUUUCGCAGCAUUCGCCGAGAGACACGACCACAGACGCAUUCAUAUAUCGCCGCAGUUGACACUCGCUACGUUCCAGUUUCUAAGCACUAGUGUGGACGCUUUCCGUCCGGACACGGUAUCUGAGACCGUUCUUAGAAGACUGCUCAAACAAGAUGUAAUACAGUACAUCAAAGUUAAGGGCAAGACGAAAAAGGAUCCGUCGACUUACGUCUUCCAGCAAGGAAAGCCGGUGGAUUACUUCGUGCUUAUCCUGGAAGGUCGCGUAGAAGUGACCGUGGGACGAGAGAAUCUGGUGUUCGAAGCAGGUCCAUUCACUUACUUCGGGGUCCAAGCGCUUACGCAGAACGUGGGACUCGCUGAAUCACCAACGCCAUCAGCCAUGGGCUCUCUCCAGAAUAUCAACAUGGAUUCGAUGCUGAGACACACUUUUGUGCCUGAUUACUCGGUGCGGGCGAUCACAGAACUCUACUACCUCACUGUUAAACGAACUUUAUAUUUAGCUGCAAAACGUGCUACCCUUAUGGAGAAGGGCGCGUUAUCAAAGGGUGCUACGAACGAACAAUUUGACACCGAAGUCGACAAGAACCUUGACAAAUCCUUAAGUGAAGUUGUGAUGCGUAGAUCGCAGAGUGUGGUGUCCCUUUCCUCUGGCCCGGAGGAAAGGGUUGAUAAGCCAAAAUCCCACACGAUGGAGUUCAGACAAUUGUCUCAAAACGUUCUAUCAACCGACGCAUCACCAUCGUCCAGCGACAAAGAGUAUAUCGCCAAAUAUCUAUCCGAUAAACUUGCUAGGAAAUUCCUCGCUCGCUCCGAGAGUCAAUUGGGCAGUUCGUCAAGAUACUGGACUAAUAAAGACUCUGGCCGGACGGACAGCCAGACAGCGAAUACGUCCAGGUAUUGGAAGAAUGUUGAUUCGACCAGAGCAUCAGCGUCCAGCACUAAAAAAGACGAGAGAGGUCAGAACGGAGACGUUGGCGACAAGAAAUCUUCAAAUGCAGAAAAAGAACCAGAUAGUUCUAUCAGUAUCAACGAUGGCAUAAAGACUAGAGAGACACAUUCAGACGUAAUUGUACGUAAAGAAAAGAAGAGUGAUACAGAAGUUGACAGGGGAAUAAAACAAGCUGAUACAAAUGUACAAAAAGAUAUUGAACCAAAAGCAACGUCAGAUGACACUACAGCCAAGGCGGAUUCCGCCUCAAAUUUGUCAGAUACAAUAGAUCUGACACGUCGAAGGGACAGUCAGAUCGCCAGCUCGUCAAAAUAUUUCAGAAAUAUACCGCCUCGGGCGUCAGAAGCUGAAUUGAUAAGGAAAUACUCGGCAAGUGCUUCACAGGAUAAGUCGUUCACUGAAUUGGAUCUGUGGAGGGAUGUGGCUAACUGCGACGAUUCUACUGAUGAGUGGGAUAAAAAAGACCAGAUACGAGGGAACCACAACAAGGAGAGAACAAAACAAUCGAGACGAGGAGUUGACUCAAAAGUUGAUUUUGAAGAAGUUGACGAAAAUCCUACGACUUUUAGAGAAGAAGGAUCAAACUUGAAGUUACUACAGUCAGUGGAUGAAGACAUCAGCAUCAGUGGUGAACACAAGACACCUUCUAGGCAGGUGUCACCGAAUCCUCCGAACCCGCCUGGUGGACGAUCUUCGUUCAGCCGGACAUCACCAGAACGCAACGGUGACGUCUUCGCCGCGAGAGAUGAACAGGAGAAAUUACUUAAAUAA